ACUCGGCUCGAGCCGCGUCAAUCAUCUGCGCUCAGCGAAUGGAGGCCGGGCGUGGGGGGAGGCCUCAGCGGAGGCGGGUCCAGGCCUCACGCUGCACCUGCCGAGAGGGGAAUGGAGACGCGAGGGUCCCCGUGCGCGCGGCGAGUCCCGGAGACGCGCGGCAGCUUCUUCCGCUCGCGGGGCAGCCGCCGGGCUCGUUCGUCCCGCCGCGGGUCGGAGAGUCCGCUUCACUGAGUGAGCAGCACCACGGACGGGGUCCGGGACUGGCCGCCGACCCCGCGAAACCCUGCUGGCGGCCGAGCCACGGGCCGACCGCCCUCGCCUCCCACCGCCCCCACCGCCCCAGCAGGGGUGCGGCAGCAAAAUCGGACCCGGCCGGCCGGCGAGAGGAGGCGGGGUUCUGCAGAGACAGGGUCCUGGCAGGGAGCCCUGGGGGCCCCCCCGAGCUGCCCCGUGGCCGCGUCCGACCUCACUCCCGGCCACAGCCCCGCGGGCACUUGGGGGGCUGCUCAGAGCGGUGCACUGAGCCCGCCCGGCCCUCCACUCCCCUGACUUGGGGCGUUGGGUUAUGGGUUAGGCGGAGAUCGGGGGGGGUUGGGGUACAUUUUCCUCCUCCUGGCCCCCGCCCACUGCUGCGGUGCCCACUGUGGCAUCCGAGCCCGGUCCCUCGUGGGGGCCAGGAGGCCCGCGCGCCCUCUCGCUGCAGCGGGGAAUGCAUGCGGCCCUGCCCGUCCCCUCCAGUCUUCGUCUGCUGCCUGCUGCUGUCCGCACCGGUGUUCGGCUACCUGGGCGACCGCCACAGCCGCAAAGCCGCGCUGAGUAUUGGGAUCCUGCUCUGGUCGGGGGCAGGUCUCUCCAGCUCCUUCAUCUCCCCCCAGUAUUCCUGGCUCUUCUUCCUGUCCCGGGGGGUCGUGGGCAUAGGCUCGGCCAGCUUCUCCACCAUCGCGCCCACUGUCCUGGGCGACCUCUUUGUGAGGGACCAGCGGACCCGGGUGCUGGCCGUCUUCUAUAUCUUUAUCCCUGUUGGAAGUGGUCUGGGCUACGUGCUGGGGUCAGCCGUGUUGCAGCUGACUGGGAGCUGGCGUUGGGCCUUCCGAGUCAUGCCUUGCCUGGAAGUGGUGGCCUUCAUCCUGCUUAUCGUGCUGGUUCCAGACCCGCCCAGGGGAGCUGCUGAGAAGCAGGAAGAGGCGGCCGUGGGGGACCCGAGGAGCAGCUGGUGUGAGGAUGUCAGUUACCUGGGGAGAAACUGGAGUUUUGUGUGGUCAACCCUUGGGGUGACGGCCAUAGCCUUUGUGACUGGAGCCCUGGGCUUCUGGGCCCCCAAGUUUCUGUUCGAGGCCCGUGUGGUGCAUGGACUGCAGCCUCCCUGCCUCCAGGAUCCGUGCAACAGCCAGGACAGCCUGAUUUUUGGGAUACUCACUGUGGUGACCGGCAUCAUUGGGGUUGUCCUGGGAGCAGAGGCUGCGAGGAGGUACAAGAAAGUCAACCCACGGGCUGAGCCCCUCAUCUGUGCCUUCAGCCUGCUUGCCGCCGCCCCCUGCCUCUUCCUGGCUCUCAUCCUGGCCCGGGUCACUCUCCUGGCCUCCUACGUGUUCCUGGUCCUCGGGGAGCUGCUUCUGUCCUGCAACUGGGCGGUGGUUGCUGAUAUCCUGCUGUCCGUGGUGGUGCCCCGGUGCCGGGGGACAGCCGAGGCGCUUCAGAUCACGGUGGGCCAUGUCCUGGGAGACGCCGGCAGCCCUUACCUCACUGGACUUAUCUCCGGCAUCCUGAGGGCUGCACGGCGUGACUCCUACCUGCAGUCCUUCCUCAGCCUCCAGCACAGCUUCCUGGGCUGCGCCUUCGUCAUAGCCCUGGGGGGCGGCUGCUUCCUGCUGACCGCACUGCGGCUGGAGAUGGACCAGGCCCGGGCCCGGCAGCCUGGCACAGGGACCCCCGACAGCAAGGACGCCGAGAGCCAAGCCCUGCUUUCCGGCACAGGUUCCGUCGCCAAGGACCUCUGAGGCCCCCACGCCCGGCGAGGAGGUCCCACUCCCCCUGCUGCAUCCCUCCCUCUGGCCCCGCAGCCUCACUGCCCCAGUGCCCAUCUGGCCCAGGCUCCAGGACCCCGGCUGAGCCGCACCUGCUGCAGCUUCACACCCGGCCUGGGUGCUGGCCGAGCCUGUGGGCUGUGGAUUGAGCUGUCCGCGCCCUCUGUGGGAAGCCUGGGCAGCUCCAGCCUGGGGCCUUGCGCCUGGUUCCCUGGGCCCUGAUUCAAGCGUGGCCGGCACAAAGCCCACGGAUUUCUGAACAACCGAGUUAUUCAGAGCUUCCAGGUGUCUCUGCUGGGAGUGGGGGCAGGAGAGGAAGAGGAGGGCUGCUCCCCAGCCAGGACCACUCCCUCUGCGGGUCAGGAGGGCACAGGGCAUACUCCUUUGCUGGGUCACCCUCUGAACAGAAAGGGGAGUGAGUCUCCGAGGGGGGUUUCCACUCUGGUGCUGCUGUGACUUCAAGCCCCUAGGGGAGGCAUGUUGGACCCCGCAGGGACUCAGCUGCCCUAGGACCAGGCUGGGGUGGGGAGGCUGCUCCGUCCCUGGGGCACAGCGUGUGGGCCGGGCUGGCUCUGUGGGACUCGCUUGCCGCUGGGUUUGGAGCAGCUGGGCGCAGCAAGAGCCCAGCAGCUUCCAGGCCGGCAGCGCUGGGGAGGCGUGUUCUUCCUGCCCCAGGAGCAGGAGCAUCUCUCCCCGUCCCCUGGGCCUGGCCAGCGGAGGCCUGCCUCCCGGCACCAGACUCACGCACCCCUCCUGACCCUUGCUGGCUCCGUGUUCGCCUCCCUGCCCCUACUGCUGGAGGGCGAGCUCUGGGUGCUGGACCCUCCAGCUCAGCCCCCCGUCCUCAGCCCUAACCCUCAGGAGUGGCUACCCCGAGGCCGAGCAGCCCCUCACCCACAGUUUCACCCUUGGAGCUCACAAAAUGGGCUGCCCCUGAACUUGUGAGGAAUAGCCUACACCCAGUCACACUGUAUACAGGGGUUCCCACAUCUCCAAGCAGUUUUCUCCUACCCUCAACUUGUUUCUGACCUUGUGUACCCCGAGAGAGGGUCAGAGUCCGCCCGGGAAGGGCUCAGUCCUACAGAGCUGCUCCCCCAGCCCCGCCCACUGGAUGGGCCAAGCACAGGUCCCCGUCGUCAGCUGUACCCCUGAGUGGCCAGGGACAAAAAUCCAAGGCCCCCGAGCCCCCUUAGGUUCUGUUAAUCGGCUAGAGCGGCUCACGGAGCCCAGGAAGCCCGUUUCCUCGCCAGAUCACCCGUUUAUACUAAAAGGCGCCACUCAGGAGCGGCUGGCGGAAGCGAGGGCCAGGACGCGCAGGGGCAGAGCAGCAGCGCCCCCUCCAGGAGCCCACCCACCCGCAUCCCCACACACCCACCCUGUUGCUUUUGGCUUUCGUGGACGCUUCAUUACUCAGACACCAUUGAUUAACCCAUUGGCUUUGGUGAUUGAUUCAACCUCCAGCCCAUCCGCCGUCUGUCGCCAGAGGUCAGGGGGAGGAACUGGGAGUUCUCCCGGCCACCAGCCCCCCUUACGUGGGGCCCAAAUGCCCCCUCAUUAACAAACAAAAGGCACCUUUAGGUCUCUCAGCAUUAAGGAAAUUCCAAGGGUUUUAGGAGCUCUGUGCGGAAACAGAUGAAGACCAAACGUGUGAGUCCCCGGUCAGACUCGGUUUCUGCUGAGAAGGAGACGCCCAGUCUGGGGGGCGGGCAGGAUGCCAAGGACCCACUGGGCAGCACCGGCUGUGACCUGGGACGCUUCCUGUGCCUC